UCUAGCAACACUCGAUGAUCAAGUAUGGCGCGAACUGCGCUGUUCAUGCCGUGUUUGUUAUGAUAUUGUCUUAUUGAAUUGGAUUGGCAAGAACUUAAGAAAUGGACAUCAGAAGGUUUUUCACACCUGCUGGUGCUACGAAAAGAGCAACGCCAUCCGAUACCAAGUCUGCGGCCGUGCCUGCAAAGAGCGAGAAAGUGAAGGACAGCAGUGAUUCGAAAGGCAAAAAGAAGGAAACGACAAAGAGCGAGAAAAAGGACCCACAGAAGAAAAAAAGGCGAAGACUCAUUCUAGCUGAUUCAGAUUCCGAUGAAGAGCCUGUCGUUUCGAAAAAGAAGUCUGCAAGCAGUGUUGUCCUUGUGGGCGCCUCAGAUGACGACUCCGAGAAGCCUCUCGCUCCCAAAACCCUUUCACCGAAGAAAGAAAAGAUUGUGACACCGAAAAAGGUUCCUGCAAGCACGAACGGCGACCAUGGGGCACAUAAGAAGUUGACACGUGUCUCGGUUGACGACUUUUUCGGUAGUUCGCCCGUUGCUGUUUCCUCGAAGUCAUCCAAAUUGGAAGUGAAACUUCAGAAGUCUGCAACAAAAACGACAGAGGAACAUGAUGACGAGACAUUUCAAAAGACUCUGGGACAACUCGAUCACACUGUCCAGCAAGGGACAAGAACGAGCCCACGAAAAAAAGCCGCUUUCAAAGAUCCUCCCAGGGCAUCGCCCGGCAAAGAGACUUCACCAAGAAAGAAGGGAGCGGCGAAGGAACCUGACAGGUCACAGAAGGUCACACCAGAAAAAGGGGAAAGUCUCACAAAAGCGCCCGAGAAAGUACAUUCCAAACCUGGAAAGCAGGCGGCAGUGAAGGAACCUGAGAAGUCGCAAGUGGUCACGACAGAAAAAGGUGGACGUCUCACAAAAGGGCCCGAGAAAGGUCAUUCGAAACCUGGAAGGAAAAAGCCUGAAUCGAGAGUGGAAUUCACUGUUGAGAAGAAAACGCCCCCAAAAUCGAAACCUGAGCCGGUUGCAGCAGAAGAGAAAGAGACUAAGCCAUCAUCAGGAAAGAAACGAGGUGGUGGGGGUUUAGGCUACAGGAGCUACCUUGACAGAGAGGGCCCUCGACUUCUCGGAACAAGGGACAUUCCAGAGGGUUCCCCCGGAUGCUUACGAGGCAUAACAAUGGUGAUCACGGGGGUGCUUGAAUGUGUCGAAAAAGAUGAAAUUAUAGCUAUCGUACAAAAGUGUGGAGCCAAGGUCACCAGCAGUGUCAGCAGAAACACGACGUACCUCGUAACAGGCAGGGACUCUGGGCCAGCAAAAAUCCGAAAGGCAGAAGAAUGCAAGGUGCAAAUGUUGGAUGAGGAAGGGCUGUACAAUCUGAUUGAAACAAAAUCGGGUAAGACAGCAAAGAAAGAAUCACCAGAGGCCUCCAUAGAAGGCGAAGACGUUCCCAAGAAGAAGUCUAUGCCAACGAAACGCAAGGUAGAGCAAGACCUUGAAUCACUGCCACCAGAAAAGAAAGAGAAGCUGUCUCCAGAGAAAAAUGCAACCCGUACAACUCCGGAACCUGCCCAGAGCCUUUCACAAGGAACCUCGCAAAGCAGCCCUACUUCACGGGAAGAAAUGUGGGUUGACAAGUAUAAGCCAAAGAGCACAAAGCAAAUUAUUGGUCAACAAGGAGACAAGAGCAAUUGCCAUAAACUUUCUGUUUGGUUAAGGGACUGGCAUAAGAACAGACUGGGCCCCAAAAAGCCUCCACCAAAGUGGAUGAACAGCGGAGGAGGGGACGGAUCUUCUUUUAGGGCAGCUCUUCUCUCUGGCGCACCGGGUGUGGGGAAAACAACAACGGCUACUCUUGUGUGUAAGGAAGCUGGAUUUGACAUGAUAGAGAUGAAUGCUUCAGACACCAGGUCCAAGAAGAGCCUCAAGCAGGAGGUGUCGGAGCUCUUGGGAAACAGGACUAUUUCUGGUAGCGGUACAACACCUAAACACGUUCUUAUCAUGGAUGAAGUGGAUGGAAUGGCUGGCAACGAGGAUAGAGGCGGAGUUCAGGAACUAAUUGCACUGAUCAAGAGUACAAAGGUGCCCAUCAUCUGCAUCUGUAAUGACCGGUCACAUCCAAAGAUGCGCUCCUUAGUCAACCACUGUUUUGACCUACGCUUUUACCGUCCCCAAGUCAAGCAGAUUCAGGCAUCGAUGAUGUCGAUUGCUUACAAGGAAGGCAUCAAAGUUACUCCAGCCGCUGUUCAAGAAAUCAUUGUGGCCUCUAACCAGGAUGUGAGGCAGGUCUUGCAUAAUUUGUCCUUAUGGAGUGCAAGAACGAAGGGCUUGAGCAUAGAGCAGGCUAAGUCUGAUGCUGGCAAAGGGACCAAGGAUAUAAAAAUGGGUCCUUUCGACGUGAUAAAGAAAAUCCUCUGCAGCUCUGAGGGAGGACAGAACAUGAACCUCAUCGAGAAAUCUGCACUCUUUUUCCAUGAUUACAGCAUGGUACCCAUGUUUGUGCAGGACAAUUAUGUUCAUGUGCAGCCCCUUGAAGCUAAGGGAGACAUCAAGAAACACUUGCGUCUGCUGAGUGAGACGUCUAAUAGCAUCUGUGAAGGCGACCUGAUUGAAAAGCAGAUCCGUAGCAGCGGUACCUGGGGUCUGCUUCCGAUGCAGGCUAUCUUCUCUAGCGUCAUUCCCGGAGAACUGAUGCGUGGACACCUACGUGAAAUGAUCAAUUUCCCAGCGUGGUUUGGUAAAAACUCGAGCACUGGCAAAAGGCAGAGGCUAUUGCAAGACUUGCACAUGCACAUGCACACAAGAAUCUCAGGCAAUCGCACGCAGCUAAACAUGGAUUACUUGGGACCACUGCGGAGCGCUCUGACGGGGCCCCUCAUCGAGCGAGAGAAUGGCGGAGUUCCGGAGGUUGUGAAUACGAUGAACCACUACUAUUUACAGCGGGCCGACCUCGAUACAAUUGUGGAACUCUCGGUUUGGACAGGGAUGAAAGACCCGAUGACGCAAGUGAAUUCAAAGGUAAAAGCCACCCUCACAAGAACACUGAACAAAGAAGGUGGUAGGACACCGUUUGUCACUGAGGAUAUUGUGAAGAAAAAGGGCAAAAAGGGUGCUGCAGCACCUAAGUCCUCUCAGAGCACGGAGGUUGAGGGUGCUGAAGAUGACAACGAAGCCGAGGAGGACAGUCCUGACUUGACUGAUAUAAAUUUCGAUUAAGUCUCCCGAAGCAUUGGCUGUCUUACAGGUUGCAUACAGUGCGAUUUGUGCGUUGUGACUGAAAUAAGAAUUGUAUAUUUUGAUAGUCUUUAUUAUUGAUGAACAUGAAUCAUUGCAUACUUCAAAAUGCCCUCAUUGUAGUUAAGCAGCACCCCUGAAUUUACUUAUCACUAGGGCGCGGACAGGAGUGUUCUGGGCCAUGGUUAUGUUGUCAACGGAAAUAAUACCACACGUCAUUACUAUUAAAGUUUGCUACUGUUUUUGGUGGCUUCGAAAAG